GUGCCGAAGUUCCUCCCUUUUGGGUUCCUGCCAGAAUAAAGUGAGGAACGGCUGGCAGUUUCCACUUUUGGUUGUUCUGGUCCACGCAUUCCCAUGUUGUAGUGCUAGCUGUACUCGUAGUGGAAGUUGUACUUGUAGUGGGAAGGGACUUCUUCUGGUUGGACAUGGUUGGUUCAGUACUAGUACUUGCAGUGUUGUCUUCAGUGUUGUCUUCAGGGGAAAGCAAAAGCGAGAUCAUCUGAAGCAAGAAGAGCAGACAGAUCAAGACAAACAGAAAAAUCAUCAAAGGUCGUCUCUUGCGGCUUUCUCGGACUGUCACUGACACUCUCAUUGUACCAACGAUACCAACUACAUGUAUAAAACAAUCAUCCUGUUACUCCUCCAUCUACUAUGUCAUGGGAACAGGGAGAGCAGGAUCACAGAGGCACAGGGAAAGACCAAGCAAGAAAGAAGAGGGUCAAGUGUUGACGAUGGUUUGAGAGUCACGAACCUGUGGGUCACGUUUGGUACAAAAAUUUGCUUCCACGCGUCAAUGCUCAAAGAUCCGUGUCAACACGAGAAAAAGUGAGGCUGUGAUCGGAGGUUGAUGGUGAUGAGUGAUGAGACAAUGGGCAAGCCACAGUGAUUGAAACCAUACAGAUACAUACAUACAAGACCAGCAAGCAGUAUACAUUACAAUCAACGCUAUAGAAUAGCAAGAUGAUCAAGUUUGUCGGUCUAUUGAUGGCAGCUGCCAUGAUUAUGAGCAGUUCCGUUGUAUCUGGUUCGUUUGUGGAAUCUCGGAAUCGUCUUCCCAUGUCGCUUUCCGGUGUGAUUUCCGAGUUGCAAGACAGCGUCACCGAGUUGAGCACGGCUUGUAUCAUUCCGUCUCGUACUCUUACGGCUACUGAAAAGCAGUCCAUUCUACAAACCAUUCUAGGCGGUGCACCCGACGCCAACAGCAAGGCCAUGGCCACGGAUCAAGGAUUGGCCGUCUGUCAACCAUCCAGCCUCGACGAAAUCGUCAAUUCUGCCGUGGCGUGUCAGGGAUCUGUCAUUUUUGUCCCCAGCAACACGGAUCUCACACAAGGAGAAGGAUUGAUGGAAAUGCUAGGGCCUGCCAUGGAACGAAUCCUUUCUACUAGCACUAGCAAGGGAAGUCUCGUCGUUGUUUGUAACGAACAAAUGGGCGCCAAAGUCACACAAGCCAAACUAGAAGCCGCGGCAGCACCCAUCUUGCAAUCCCUUACCGACAAGAAAACAAUCAAGUCACUACAAGAUGUAUUCUCCUCCGUCACUUAUGUUACGGCCAACCAAGUUCAGGACACUCUACUUGCCAAUACCAAGACUAGCCCGGCGGAUGUCAUGGCACUGGUCAAGACCGUCAUGGAACAAGCCGCAUCCGCAACACCUACUAGUUCCAUGUGGGACCAAAAGAUGGCCAAACAACCCGUCGAAUUGGCAGCCGCCCGCAAACUACUCACGGUCUAUAAGCAAGUCCUCGACAAUGCCAAUCGCGUCAUUAAUGAUGCCACCGCCUCCAAUACAGCUCUAGUAACCGAUUUUGGUGCCCUCGUCGAUGCUACUUUGAAACAAGCGCAGGAUACAUUUACGAACGAGAACAAAAAGUUAUUGGGCACGGCUGUCGGAAAGCAAUUGUCGUCUUCUUUGUCCACUGAAUUGACAUCUGGAUGGAUGCAUGGGGCGUUUGAAGCACAGCUUGGGCUCUUGCAAGAUGCAUCGUUUGCUACCUUUCGACAAGCCCUCGGAAAAUUGCGUCUGGGACCGACUCUGUCGAGCGAUAUGACUGCCAUUGUCCAAGACACGGUCCAGCAAUUUGCCAAGACGGUCCAGGGAUUGUUGCCCUCUUCUGGCAGUAGUAGUGGCAAGACUCGUGCCGCCGAUUCCCGGGCGGCAUUGUCCCGUCGUUUGACCGAAUUCUGUCACGAUCGAUUGCAAGCGGCCGAAGCCAGUGGACAGUUCAAACCCGUUCCCCGCAAGGGUGUUACGGUCGGUAUGCAUUGGUUGUUGCCCAAACCAUUUGGCAAUGAUUUCCGACAAGAACCGUGGAUGACACAUGCCACCGAUAACAUGGUGUACGUUCCUCGUCGACCUACCAAAGUGACCGAAGUACCGGAAGAAUCCAUUAUUCAAACAGGAGAUUGGAGAGAUCAAGUGGUUCCCAGUCCGGCCGGACGGGAUAUGGUGUUUAUGCAGUAGGUAGUUACAGUAGUUCUGUAAGUACGGUAGUUAGUUGUUACUAAAAAAGAGUGAGUGACUGAGUUUGGUACAUGUAGUUGGAGGGAGAGACAAGCAGGUACAACGGUGG